UAUUGUUCUAACCGACUAUAGACUGGCUCUCAAGACUUGACCAAGCACAAUGAUAAAGUGACUUUGAAGGCUGCAGUAGCGCUGCACCAAAUUGUCCGCUUGGGAAGCAAUCGAUCGCAGCCGUUGCCAGCUUGCGUGGCAAAUACUAGGCUAACUCGGUUGUCCACCCUCCACAAGUACAACCGACGUUUUUUCUCUCAACUAACACCUGCGCGGGCAACGUUAAUUUGACGGGGCCCGGGAACCCAGGACCCUUCAAACUACGGGAGGUUUGGCAGAUAAGUUGAGAGGAAAGACAGCUCUUUCCCUUCCCAGAAAAGAGACAUGGUUUUAUUGUCCUCUUGACGGUUGCUGUCGCCCCUUCGUCGUCUCAAUCGAAUUCGACGUCGAAGAUGGGUAAUGUAGACCAGGCAAUUGCAGCGGGACAGGUGCCUGCCGGUAUCACUGCCGCUUAUCUCAAACAAAGCCGGGACACAGGCUCCAUUAUCGCCAUUUGCUUUGUCUUUGCCCUUACGUUUCUGGUCGUCACCGCACGAUGUGCCUCUCGACUCUUUGUCGUCAAGUUUUUUGGGUAUGAUGAUGCUCUUGCAGCUGUCGGCCUGGUGCUGCUGGUGGCUUUUGUGACCCUCUGCAUUAUUCUCAUCGAAAUUGGCUCCGGUCGUCACUAUGACUACAUUCAAUAUGUGAUGCCGCUCAGCACAGUAAAAGCCAGCGAGACUCUCGACUUCGUCGCCCACAUCAUCUACACGACGGCACUCUUCACAUGUCGAUUUUCCGGUUUACUGUUCUAUCACAGACUAUGCGCUCAGAGCCGACGCUUUGUCAUCACGAUAAGAGGCGCUGCAGUGCUUCUGUUCUGCGCCUACAUCCCGCAGCUUGUUCUUCUCAUCGUUCAUUGUCUGCCAGUGACCAGUCUCUGGCCGUACUCGUGGCAACCUGGAGUUAACGACUAUACCUGCUUGGCCUGGGGUGUGGUGUACGUCACGAAUUCAGGAAUAUCCCUAAUUUGCGACAUGCUAUUGUUCGGCAUUCCAGUAGCCAUCAUCCGCUUCGUAAAACUUUCUCGAAAGAGGAAGAUAGGGCUUGUCCUCAUCUUCUUCCCCGGUCUACUUGUCAUCGGUAUCUCAAUCGCACGUCUUAUCCUUGUGGUCCAAGGACAAUGGGAUCCGGAUGAGUCCUGGACCUACGACCCUAUGCUUGCCAUCGAAGUAGCCGAGAUUGGAGGCACCUUGAUUGCAUUGUCUUUCCCCGGAUUGAAGCCGCUGUUCGACCGUCUGAUCAAGAAACGAUCCGGAGGCACGAACAGCUCGUCUACUUUUCGCAGCGGACCCGACUCUAACUAUGUCAAACAACCACACGGAGCGUCCGGCAACGGAGAGUUUGGGUGGGAGAUACAGGGUGGUGGGGAUGGGCGAGUCGACUCAAAGGUCAGCAGAGACAACGAGGACAGCUCUAGCACCGACGUGAUCAUCCGCGGAGUACAGUUCGUCGUGGAGGAGUCGGACUAUAUCCCAUUGAAAGAAAACAUGAAUUCCAAGUCGAUGUCAGAUUGACGUUCUUGCAGCAGCAGGCGCAACUCCGAAUUUGCCGUCUGACAAAGCGCAUCAGAGGACAUACCCGAUCGAAACAGAAGCACACUCAGAGAGUAGAUGCAUUCCGGGCCACAGGACGGACACGAAGGAUAUAAACGCAUGGGACCGAGACAUAUGAUUAUGACUGUGUAAGAUAGUUUGUACUCUUCGUUUAGCUUCGUCUGCUUGUUGCGCUGUAGUAUGUGAGAGAUCAGAUCGUU